CUAGUUUACCUUCUCCUCUUGGAAGUUAACGAUUGGCGAGAUCUUGGCUGCGUUAUUGACACAACACUUUCUAUUGAUAGAAAUAAGUAGUGAUUGUCCCCGAGUCAUUGGUGCGCCAAGAACUCUGCGAUGGGCUGGCAGGAGUCCAUUGGGCUGGGCAGGCAGGUUCGGCUGGUGAUGCUGGGGAGGAGGAGGAGGAGGCUGCUGGUGGUGAUGGUGCCGGUCCCCCUCUUCGCAGGUCUGUGACAAGCAGGGAACGAGACAACGGCGGCGCAUCCCUGCUCUGGCUGACGGACGCUGGCGACUCAGACAUGGACAGUAGCUGCCACAACGCGACCACCAAAAUGUUAGCGACGGCUCCAGCCCGGGGCAACAUGAUGGGAACAUCCAAACCCUUGGCUUUUUCCAUUGAACGAAUCAUGGCCCGCACCCCUGAGCCCAAGGCCCUGCCUGUCCCCCACUUCCUGCAGGGAGCCUUGCCCAAGGGGGACCCCAAGCACUCUCUGCAUCUCAACUCGUCGAUCCCCUGCAUGAUCCCCUUCGUGCCUGUGGCGUACGACACCAGCCCCAAGGCAGGAGUGACUGGCUCUGAGCCGCGGAAGGCGAGUCUGGAGGCCCCGGCGGCGCCCGCGGCGGUGCCCUCCGGGCCAGCGUUCAGCUGCGGAGACCUGCUCAACUGCGCGCUGAGUCUCAAAGGCGACCUGGCCCGCGACGCACUGCCGCUGCAGCAGUACAAGCUGCCAAAAACGUAUUUAGCCGAAAGGAAUAAACUGGUGGUCCCAGCGGUGGAGAAGUACCCUUCGGGAGUAGCUUUCAAAGACCUGUCCGAGGCUCAGCUGCAGCAUUACAUGAAAGAAAGCGCCCAGCUUCUGUCGGAAAAAAUCGGGUUCAAAACCUCGGACUUCAGCCGAGGCUCUCCUAAUGCCAAGCCCAAAGUUUUCACUUGUGAAGUGUGCGGAAAGGUCUUUAACGCGCACUAUAACUUAACCCGUCACAUGCCGGUGCACACCGGAGCCAGACCCUUCGUUUGCAAAGUGUGUGGAAAGGGUUUCCGACAAGCCAGCACCCUGUGCAGGCACAAGAUCAUUCACACACAGGAAAAACCUCACAAAUGCAACCAGUGUGGCAAAGCAUUUAAUAGAAGUUCCACUUUAAACACUCAUACCCGAAUACACGCAGGCUACAAACCAUUUGUGUGUGAAUUCUGUGGCAAAGGAUUUCAUCAAAAAGGGAAUUACAAAAACCACAAGUUGACCCACAGCGGGGAGAAGCAGUUCAAGUGCAAUAUCUGCAACAAGGCUUUCCAUCAGGUUUACAACCUCACCUUCCACAUGCACACCCACAACGACAAGAAGCCUUUCACCUGCCCCACGUGCGGCAAGGGCUUCUGCAGGAACUUUGACCUCAAGAAGCACGUCCGCAAGCUGCACGACAGCAGCCUGGGUCUGGCCCGCACGCCCGCUGGGGAACCAGGCACCGACCCGCCACCCCCGCUGCAGCAGCCACCGCCUGCGACGUUGCCGCCUUUACAGCCGCCGCUGCCACCCCCGGGGCCCUUGCAGCCUGGGCUCCACCAGGGCCACCAGUGAUCAAGGCCAAGUUUCUUUCCAGCCCCAGCCGAGGCCCCGACUGCUGAGGCAGCGACAAACUAGAGCUCCCACGCCAAGCUCGUCUGCAGAACGCAGGGCAUGUUGGGCCCCACGCUUUAGGGCCGACCAGAAGCCUCUGCAUUCCCUGGCCUUUUGCCUCUUGCAUGCACCUGCUAAAUGGUUUUGUGUAUUAUACUCUAUAUAGGCACUAACAAUUAUGAGAAAUUUGGAGGGUUUUAUUUGUUUUCUGUUUUUCUUUUUUUAAUUUGGGAAGACUUUUCAUCUCUGGUGGAGAGAUGAUUUUUGUUUUGUUGUUUUUUUUUAAACAAAUUUCUGCUAUAUUUAUUGAGAUCUGUAUUAUUCUAUCCAGGAAUGCUGCACCAUUUUAAUUUUAUUAUUGUAUAUAUUUACAUUGUGUUGAUUCUGCGGUCUCAAGAUGCCUGCUGAUUGUUUAUUAUCAUUUUCUCCUUCUCUGAAAUAACAAAACACUGUGUGUAUGUUACAUAAUACACGCAUAGAUGUGUGAGCCUCUAAAGGCACAUUCUACAUUCUUGAGCACACACACA